GUAGACAACAUGGUAAGCUUGCCGGAUUUUCGGCUAGGCAAAAAAAAAACAUGCUCAAAUGUGCAAGAUCCAAUAUAAAUCCAUACAGAAAAAAAUAAUCCAAUGGCAACAACAUGGCCUGCCAUUUGUUUUCUUGUUCGGUGUUUUACAUGUUUAAAUCUACAGUUUUCUGGGAGUUUUGUCUCAAGUUGCAUUGUUGUGGCUGCCACCAACCCAUGCAAAUGCCAAGCUAUUUAUAUGAAAAGCUUGAAACGUUUUUAUUAUUAUCUCAUAUACAAAUACCGUAUUUGAUUUGCAUAUGAACACCUGUUCUCUCAUUGCAAAGCAAGAAAAGAGACAGUUAAGCCUAUCAAGAUGAGUCCAAACUGCAAUCUUGAACUCCAGCUUUUCCCUUUAACAGAUUCCAAUUUCGUUUCUGGUCAACUGCACCAGCAAUCCUCGGAAGACUCUAGCAGAGGCUCUGGACAUGAACAACAACCACAGCUUACGGUUUCUGAUGAUUCAGAGCUUCAGGGUAGAGCCAUACUUUCUCUGGCGACAACGCCGUCAAGAGAAAUAGAUGAAGGAAUGAAAUUCCCAAAUAGAUGGGAGACUGCUUCAUCAACUGUUGAAGGAAUGAAAUUCCCAAGUAGAUGGGAGACUGUUUCAUCAACUGUUCCAUCUCAACUAACCAGUCUAAGAGGUAAUUCCUCAACCAAGAUGUCCCUGCAACGCUUUCUUCAGAAGCGAAAGUCCCGGAUGCAAGCUACAUUUCCAUAUACCUUUAAUCACUAGAAAUGUAUGAGGCUGGAUUUUCCAGUAAAAUUUGCAAUGUGGGAUGGGAUUAAAGAGAAAUUGUCCUAGAAGAGUUUAGCUCGAUCUUCUACAACAGGUUAUUUUUGGGUAUGGGGAUUGUACAUCCCCUUAUUAACAUUGUUUUUGAUUACUCAUUAAUAAACAAAGUUGCUUUAGAUGCAACAACUAUCAUUUCUCUCAUAGUAUUUUGUAUUUCUCUCUCUAUGAUCUGGCAUAUUUAUACAAGGAAAAAGAAAAACCUUAGUAACCAGGGAUGACUUGGUAGGAAAUAUCUGAUUACUCAAGAAAAACAACAAGGCUAAUGACAAUGUGAUUGCAGAAAAACCAGAUAAACAAACUGUAUCUAAAUUUACCAAGUCCCAGAUCUACUAAUGUAAAAGGAGCCAUAAUUCCUUACCUAAUCGCUCUCAGAAAACCAAACCAGCACAAAAACAACUGGCGGCUAAUGACAAUGUGAUUGCAGAAAGACCAGAUAAAGAAAGUGUAUCAAAAUUUACCGAGUACCAGAGCUACGAAUGUAAAAUGAGCCAUAAC